AUGAACGAAGCCGAAGUAGAAGUUAUAGUCGUGAUCACGAUAGACACAAAUCAGGUGAAUAUGGUUCGACGUCACGCAAUAGAUAUCAAAGAUCGUGACGAAGGCGCGAGGGCAGAUAAAAUGAUAUCUGAUCAUAAUGUCGGAUUCCAAAUGCUUAAAAAACUUGGUUGGGAGGGAGCAGGAACGGGUCUAGGUUCAUCAACGACAGGUAUUACGGAGCCAAUUAAAGGUGGUGAAAUCAGACUUGGCGAGCAAAAAUACUUGGGUGUAGGACACAGCCAAGGCGAUGAGGACGACAUUUUCGACCAAUAUCGUAAAGCGAAAAGUUAUACAUAUCAAAGAAGUGAUGUUAAUUCAAAAGAUAAGAAGCCAGCUGGAUGCUUUAGAUGCGGAAAG